GGGGGGCUUUUGGGUCUUAAGCACAACUGGCGCUCGGGUACCCGCGACGAAUCCAGCCCACGGGGUCCCUUGUGGGCCCAUAGAAGUGGCUCAGGGUAGCCAGGCUAACGAAUUAACCCGACCACUGCCAUCUGCAUCCUGGCGAGUGCUACUCAUUAGACGAGGCGUGUAGAUGACGGGGGCACUACACCACCACAGGCAGAUACAGCGCAAGUCCUUUUCCGGCCCAGGCGAGCUAUUGUUCGCAUGCUACGCCGCGGAAAAUUAGCAUCGAUUGCUUUUCUGUCAUAAAUCAGGCGUGACUGGUUCUGACACUAUAAUAAGGACAGGCACUAGCUAUGUUUACUAGCAAUAGUGCCCGCUGUCGAGGGGGAGAGGCAACAGGCUCUACGAACGGGGUUGUUGUCGCCCUUAGAUGUUCUAUCAGCAUACAGCAGAUGCCUCAUAGCAUGUCAAAACAUAUCCACUUCGGUCAUUGUAGAUUCGUGGAAAGAGUGAGAGACGGCUCGUCGUGCUCCGAGUCUAAGUGGGAAUGAUCGAAGAAUGAUGGCUGUAAGCACUCCGUAGUUGCACAGGCAAGUGCAGUAAACUGUAAGCCACGCGGUGGGACUUAAAGAUCGCAGUGCCAUAGGUAUUCCGGAAAUGUUUACCGAUCGCAGCUUGUGACUGUGUCAAAUUCGCGAUAAAGUGGCGCUCCAUCUCAUGCUAACUAUACUCUACAGCCCGUCUUGGUAGUUACCGGUCGUCUGGCACCUUCUUGGUAGAUACAGACGACUCAGUAUCAACAACACAUUGACGUGCUAUUCGUUUAAUAGACAAGACCUCUGAACGAUUGCCGCGAUUGACUGGCAAGCCAUGCAAGUCCAGCGAUAUUCACACUUGGCAACCCCACCGGACGCGCGACGGGUUGGCGGGCAAUGCCGG